UGGUGUAAAUGACCAGCAGCAGCAUCAUGGUGUUAGUUCCAGCAUGGGUCCCAUUGAUACCAAUUAUUUAAAUGAAAAGGCCAAUGAAUAUGUUCGAGAUUGCCUGAAUGAGAAAUCUCGCAUGGAUCGUAAAUUUCCCAUUGCUGAAAAGCUUUUGGAUGCAGAAAUUGAAAAGGUCCAAACUACAGGCCGUUUGCCGUCGAAGGAACAAAAAUAUGCUGACAUAUAUCGUGAAAAGCCGCUAAGAGUAUCACAAAAGGUGUUAGUACCCAUCAGGGAACAUCCAAAGUUCAACUUUGUUGGCAAGCUAUUGGGACCCAAAGGUAAUUCCUUGCGCCGCCUUCAAGAGGAGACAAUGUGUAAAAUGACCGUUCUCGGUCGGAAUUCUAUGCGUGAUCGUGUCAAAGAGGAAGAGCUACGCAAAUCUAAAGAUCCCAAAUAUUCGCACUUGAACAGUGAUUUACAUGUUGAAAUUUCUACGGUGGCACCGCCAGCCGAGGCAUAUGCCCGUAUUGCAUAUGCCAUGGCUGAAUUGCGUAAAUAUCUAAUACCCGAUAGUAAUGAUGUUAUACGACAGGAACAAUUACGUGAACUAAUGGAUAGUACACACAUAAGUGAGGAACAAAAAGCGACGGGUUAUAAGAAAAUUAUACCACACAAUACAUCGAGUGGUGUUGGUGGUGCGGGUGGUACUGGUAUAUUGACUGGUCCUGGCAGUGUUAUUACAGCAAAUAUGAAUAAAAAUAUGAUACCAUAUAAUAAGUCGGGUGGUGGACAAGGUGGUGGCGGUGGGGCAAAUAGUGUCUCCUCGGCUGCCGCCGCCUCCUCUGCAUAUAAUAAAAAUAAUACCGCACCCAAACAAAAGGUUAUGUCAAUAUUGGAAAAGGCACGCUCAGCCAUGGAGGAGACUUAUGGGCGUGGUUAUGAAGAUAAUCAGGGUUUCGAUCAUUUACCAGCCACAGGCUAUGAUCCACCAUAUUCGGCAUAUCCACCCCAAACAGCCGCGGCCCAUAAUCACAAUCCCCAUGUACCACCAACUGCGGGUAUGGGUAUGAAUCAUUUAAAUGCUGGACGAGGACCCUAUGAUACCACAGCUAACGAUUACGAGACCAAUGAUUAUACUAGACGUGGCGGCGGAGGCGGUACAGCUGGAGAUUAUUAUCAAAAUCCGACAACAGCAUAUGGCGCUGCUGCUGGUGGUAUACAGCCAAAUAAUGGCGGUCUAAAUCCGAAUCAAACACAAAAUCGCAGUCAUGUUAAUAGGUGA